AUGCAAGCAAAAGAAGAUGGUAAGGUAGAUGUGUUAACUCAAUUUAUGACAGAAACAAGGUCAUCAAUUCGGAGCUUGGAAACUCAUAUUGGACAGUUUUCCACGUUAAUGACAAACCGAGCUCAAGGUAACUUUCUAAUCACUACUGAAGUGAAUUCGAAGGGAAAUCCUAAUGAACGGUGCAAAGCUAUUACCUUGAAGAGUAGAACAGUGUAUGAGGGAUCGAGUAUAGAGAAGAAAGUUGAGCAAGAUCAGGAUCAACAUGCACCUACUAUUGAGGACAAGAAGACGAGUGAAGAGAUGGUUACUGAGAAUCUUCCAUCAAGAGAAGUGGUACCACCGGUGUCUAUAGAUCAUCACAUCAAAAUUCCAUAUCCACAAAGACUCCAAAAGAAUAAGGCACUAGAACAGAUGCCCAGUUACCUUAAGUUUAUGAAAGAGAUUUUCUCAAAGAAGAGAAAGAUGGAGAACUACGAUACUGUGGCAUUGACAGAAGAAUGCAGCUCCAUUCUGCAAAGGAAGCUUCCACAGAAGUUGAGGGAUCCUGAAAGUUUUACAAUCCCUUGCAUAAUUGGUAACUUUGAGUGUAAGCACGCGUUGUGUGAUUUGGGAGCCAACAUUAAUCUUAUGCCUCUAUCAGUAUUCAGAAGACUUGGUUUGGGUGAGGGAAAGCCAACUACUGUCACAUUACAGUUAGCAGAUCGAUCACUGGCUCAUCCGAGGGGGAUCAUAGAAGAUGUGUUAGUAAAGGUCGAUAAGUUCAUCUUCCCAACAGAUUUUAUAGUUUUGGAUAUGGAGGAAGAUACAAACGUGCCAAUUAUCCAUGGAAGACCUUUUCUAGCAACAGAACAAGCUUUAAUUGAUGUUCAAAAGGGAGAACUUCGAUUGAGAGUUCAGGGGGAUGAGGUAGUGUUCAGUGUUUUAGAAAGAAAGUGGAACAAUGAUGCCUUAGAGGCGAUUUUUAAUGAUGGUGAGGAAAAUGAUGAUGAUGCCGAGACGAGGGAAUAUGUCAAGUGGAUAAACUCUUACUAG